ACUGGGCCCCGAGCGCGCGGCGGCUCCGGCUUUGUGUGUAUGUGUGUGAGUGUGUGUGUGUGUGUGUGUGUGAGAGAGUGUGUGUGUGUGAGUGUGUGUGAGUGAGUGAGCGGGCGGGCGGGCGCGAGUGUGGCCGCCGCGGAGCGCGAGCAGGACCCGGCGGGCGCGCUCCCCCAGCCUCUCUCUCCCCGCCAGAACCAUGUCGGGCAGGUCGGUUCGAGCCGAGACCAGGAGCCGCGCCAAAGAUGAUAUCAAGAGGGUCAUGGCGGCUAUCGAGAAAGUGCGCAAAUGGGAGAAGAAGUGGGUGACUGUGGGUGACACAUCCCUGCGAAUCUAUAAGUGGGUCCCUGUGACAGAGCCAAAGGUGGACGAUAAGAACAAGAACAAGAAAAAGGGCAAAGAUGAGAAGUGUGGCUCUGAGGUGACCACGCCGGAGAACAGCUCCUCCCCGGGGAUGAUGGACAUGCACGAUGAUAACAGCAACCAGAGCUCCAUAGCGGAUGCCUCCCCGAUCAAACAGGAGAACAGCAGUAACUCAAGCCCUGCUCCAGAGCCCAGCUCAGCCGUGCCCGGUGAAGGCACUGACGCUAAGGCAGACGAGACCCAGGCCGACGGGAAGGAGCUCCCUGGGGUGGAAGAUGCUUCUGACGAGCAGAAUUCGCAGUCUUCAAUGGAAAACUCGAUGAACAGUUCAGAGAAAGGUGAACGGCAGCCAUCUGGAGACACGGGUCUAGCUGCAGAGAUGUCCGCAAUCUCUCAGGAUUUGGAAGGAGUGCCACCCUCGAAGAAGAUGAAACUGGAGGCCUCGCAACAGAACUCUGAAGAGAUGUAGACACUACGUUCAGUCCUGCUGUCCAUGUUUCACGGGAGAUCCAUCUGCAGGCUGAAUCCUAGAACAACUUCACCUGAGCAAUUCCUCUCGGGUGCAGACAGGACUACUAACUUUCCAAGUUUACCAAGUGCAAAUCCAAGAAAACCCAGAACAGCGUAACUUCUCAGACACUGAAGAACUUUCUGCUGUGAAGCAAAACACUCGAGUGUUGAAGGGACUG